AAUUUGUACUUUUAUGAAUUGAAACGCCUGGCAGCUUCAUAAUUUUUCACGCACUAAGUACUUCACCAACAAAACUUUCAACCCUUUCAGUAGAAACAAGAACAACUAACAACGCGAAUUAAUCUUAAUAAGUUAUCCCCUAAGUACGAGCUAACUAGGAACGCCAAAUAAACCUUGAAACUUUGCAAUAAUCGUGGACACCCUGUUCUCUCCCCUACGUCUGUUGUCAGCCAGUCCCAUGCCGCGACCCGCAGCAUCCAGGCAGCUUACACUACCGCAAAAAAACUAAACCCAAUAAGAUUUGAAAUUUUGAAAAAAGAACAUACACGACAUUCAAUACCAAAGAGUUUAUUAACAUAUCCCGUGGAUCUACAUAUCAGUGCAAGGAGGAUCUGUUUUCAGUGAUUUUCAGGCAGUGCUUUUUGAAGCUGAUUUAAAAAUAGUGUGAUGGAAAAAUAUGAGGCUACUAGAGAUGGGAAGCAGCUAUAGAUGCAAGGCAUGAAGAGGUGAAAGAAGGUGUCAGAAGGAGGUCGCAUGGGCAGUCUGCCGGACCUGACGGAGCGGUCGCGCCCGCCGCCCCGGCCCGCCGCCUCGCGCACCAUCUCCGACCCGCACCGACAUCGGACGCAGCUGAUACCAGUAAGCACAAUAUGCAAGAAGGAAUGGCCGUGGAAGAAGCAGAACCCCGCACGGGGCGGGCCCGCCUCCCGGCGGCGCGACUCCGUGGCCUCCUCCGUGGGGGCAGCGUCUGUGAGGCGCCUCAUCAACCGGCAGCCGCCCAAGGUCAACCCCCUCGUCGUGCGGAGGUUCACUCUACUCUGCGUAUCCAGCGCUUUCUGCGCCACCGGCUUUCUGCCGUUCACUGCCUUCGUCGGCGCCGAGGCCGGCGGCAUGGCGCUGGCGUUAAUGCACGCUGUAGCCGCCGUGGUCGCGCCGCUAUCACCGCUGAUCCUACAGAAGACUGGAGUUAGAGUGGUGAUCAGUAUUGGUCACGCGCUGGUGUGUGUUUUAGUGACGGGUCACACGGUGGACACGCCGCUUCCCGUGUUGUAUAUCCUGUAUGCUGUGUGCGGCCUGACGUUGUCCCCGCUGUCGCUGGCGAUGACGGCGUCGGCGACGACGUUCGCGCAGCACGCGGGUGAUGAGGGGCGGCGCAAGGUGGCGCUGCGGCGCGCGCUGCGGGCGCUGCGGGCGGCGCAGGACGCGGGGCUGGUGGCCGGCGCGCUGCUGAUGGGCGCGGCGCUGAUGGCGUGGCCGGACCCGGCGCUGCCGCCCGCCGCCACCGCGCCGCCCAACGUCACCGCGCCGCGCUGGCCACCGCCCGAGCCGGAGUACUUCAUGGAGGAUGAUUAUGAGGAACAAACCUGCGGCGCAGCAGGCUGCCCGGCCACGCAAUCCGCGGCGACCUCCGCCCUCAGCAUGGAGGGCCGCCGGGUACUUCUCGCCGUGUGGGCACUCCUGGCCUUCUGCUCCAUCAGCCUGGGCGUCUUCGGGGCGGCCUCCACGCCCUCCCCGCCGCCCGACACCAGCUCCAUCCUCCGAGACCCGCGGACGCUGCUAGGCGUGCCAAUGGGACUGUUCAUUGGGCUGCAGCAGGGGUUUAUUUAUACGUCGUAUAUUAAGUGGUACGGCGUGUGCGUGGGCGGCUGGGCGUGCGCGUGGCGCGCGCUGCUGGCGGCCGGCGCGCUGCAGACACUCGCCGCGGCCACGCUCAGCAUGGCAGCGGCGCGGGGGCGGCGGCGCGCCCUGGCUGCUGGCGGCGCGGCUGCACACGCGAGCUUGAUGCUGGCGCUACUGAGGUGGCGAGCCGUGAAGACUGAUCUGGCGUUGCCGGCGGUGGCGGCGGCGGCGUGGGGCGCGUGCGCCGCGCUGUGGGAUGUCUUGCAGUCAGGCAUCUGCAUAGGCGGCCCCGGCUGGCGCGGCCCGUGGUCCCUCGUGCUGUCGGCGCGGCACCUCGGGCUGGCGGCGUCGUGCGCUGCUCGCCAGCUGCUCUGCGCCUCCUCCCAGCUGCUGGCGUUAGCCGCUGCGCUACUGCUUGCGCUAGCCAGUCAUAUCACGCUGGAAAUCCACGUGAGGAAGGCUGCUGAAGCGCCGAGACAUAGGUCCUAGCGAAGGGCCACCGCGACGCCACUGGUCGCGCUGGGCGCCGCGGGGGACGACGAGCAUCACGCUCUGGCCGAGACCGUCUGCAACGUCAUCACAUAGUCAGCUAAUUAUAUAAGAGCUGUUGGGACAACCAGGGGGUCACUGUAUAUUACGAAAUCGAACAGAUGUGGACUAUACGACGAAAA